AUGCCCUCGAAAUGGCAGCGUCUUCACUUGUCCCAGCUGCUGGGACUACCUCCUUUGCUCUUUCAGUAUAUCUGGACCCGAGAAGGCUAUGAGAUUCACAUAACAGACCUCACCUACAUUUGGUCAGAGCGGCUGCCCCGUAAAGCUAUCACCAAGAGAGCAGAGGAAAUUGCCACAACAAUUGACCCUGGAGAGGACCCAGAACAACUCGAUGUGCUCCUGGAGAAAAUUGGAGAAGCUUUACAAAAGGGUAAUGAAAGCGCACUUCUAAGUGAUGGAACACAACCCGACUCCCUUGAAAUUACGACAACAACCAAGCUCCCCUCCCCGUUGAAGCCUCUCAUGUGGUCUUUGAAAUUAUCAAAGGAACCCCUCUCAUCAUUGACCACUAUUAUAUUGCUUCCGUUGCUGAAGGAGGAAGCGGAGUGGGAUUCCCGUCAAGGUUUGCUCUUGAGCCAAAUCAAACAGAAAGACUACGUACUUGGCAAGUUGUUUGACAAACUGGAAAUACUGGGCGUCGAUCUAGGGUCUGUGUUUCCUAGUGCUGCAGGGUCGCGGACGUCUCACAAAGCUAUUACGCGGUCUGAGGCGGGUAAACAUGUCAAAGGCAUUGCGCCGUUCGAGGAACAAACCUGGCUUGCUGAGACAGGAGUAUCACAUAAGGCGGGAUUGGCCACCAACUUACUGCAAGAAAUCUCAGAAUCCGGUGAUUCUCAUGAUUUAGGUACCUUUGCCCAAGCACAAGGUGAAUGGUGGCAUCGACUUAAGAGGUUCUCUGAAACUAGCACCAGAGAAGCCUCUCCCAUCAAAAAGGAAAGUCCCAGCGACGAAAAUCGAAAAAAGCCGAUGGAAAACCAGCAUAUCAACGAAGGAGGGGAUUCAACGGCAAGCAGUGAUGUCGAUGAGUUUCAGGUACGCUACAACUAUUCCCUAAUCACAAGUUAUGAGUAUAGCUUAACCUUGCUGAUAAAGCGACAAAAAACCCCUCCUAGACUAGACUUUCAACAUCAAAAAGGCAAAAUCUCACCCCCCAAGCAAAAGGACAGAAAGAAAAGUCUGGUUCCGCCAGUGUUGCCUUCAGAGGAAGACGAAGCCACCGCAUCAGACUCAGACUCCGAGCCAGAACCAGCACCGCACCAAAGACGUAUUCCCAGCGUUUCAAGGUCGCCAGAGCCUGCCGCACCGCAGCCAAAAGCCCGAGAGGUGCCGGAAAUACUAAAGGGUGGACUGGGUAAAAUUGGCAGCAAAAGAAAGGAAGAGACAGAGCAUCCGCCCUCGCCAUCUCUCUCUCCCUCAUUAGCCCUUCCUCCUCCGGCGCAAGUUCGAGAGGCACUGAAAAGGCCAAAGGGCGGAUUGGGCAUGAUAGGCGGCAAGAAAAAGCAAGCAAUAGAGCCCUCGCCUUCGCCAUCGCCUUCUCCUCCAGCACAAACCAGUGACUCUACAGAAUCCCAGGAACCUACAAAGUCACUAGAAGAAGAAAUUAUAAGUAAUAAUCAUCUUCUCCCCAUAUCGUCAACACAGGUACCAGCAGCCAAAGCUAAGCGUCCUGGGAAACUUGGCAUGAUAGGCGGCAAGGCUAAAGCCAAAGCCUCCGAACCAGCCCGAGACAAGUCUCCGCUACCUACAUCUGAAACGGUGGCCAUAAUACCCGAAAAGGCUAUACUUGCUAAACCGAAGGCUGAUGUAAAAGCUACUAAAAAAGGGGAGUCUACAUUGCCCACGUCAGCAGCGAAGAAGGUUCCUUCCGCUCCACCUGCUGAGCCGGAGACUGAAGACCAGCGGGCUGAUCGGAAGCGCGAGGAACUGAAAAGGUCGCUCGAGGCCAAGGGCAAAGCUCCUGCGAAGAAGAAGAGAAGGUUCUAG